GUGACGCCUGCAUUUCCGACACAACAAUACAACACCGUAUCGGUCUGCAAUCUCUCUCCCACUCUCCCACCUCCUCCCCCCUCCAGCGCCUCGCUCUCUCGGUAUGGCGGACGGCGAGAGGUCCCCGUUACUAUCGGAUCUGGGAGAUGGCGCUCUGGGCAGCGGGAACGGCGGGGUGUCUCCCGGCGCGGCGCCCUACAGCGUGCCCAAACCACCGGGCCUCCCACCGUUCCCCAGCCCUACUCAGCCCUCGGUACUCCUAGGGGAGGACCCUCCGCCAUACUCCCCUCUCACUUCACCGGAGAGCGGCAGUGCCCCUCUUAUCAACUGCAGGGUGUGCCAGAGCAUGAUCUCAGUGGAGGGCAAGAUCCACCAGCACGUGGUAAAGUGUGCGAUUUGCAAUGAAGCGACGCCCAUUAAGAAUGCCCCAGCAGGGAAGAAGUACGUUCGCUGCCCCUGCAACUGUCUGCUCAUCUGCAAAGUCACUUCCCAGAGGAUCGCCUGUCCCCGACCAUAUUGUAAGAGGAUAAUAAAUCUGGGUCCAGUUCAUCCCGGUCCAGCCAGUCCUGACCCCCAGCCAGCUGGAGCUCGCGUCUCCUGUGGACACUGCAGCAACACCUUCCUGUGGACAGAGUUCACAGAUCGGACGCUGGCCAGGUGCCCACACUGCAGGAAAGUCUCCUCCAUUGGUCAGAGGUAUCCCCGGAGGCGGAGCUUGUGGUGUUUUCUACUCUGCUUGCUAUUCAGCAUUUCCACCGCCGGUCUGAUGGCUGGAACGUGGGUGAAGGCUCAGACCUACCAGGGGAUCUACGCCUCGUGGGCCGUGCUGCUGCUCCUGGUUCUCGUCACCCUGGCUCGGGCCUUCUACUGGGCCUGCAUGAGGGUCAGCCAGCCCCUCCAGAACUUCACAUAGAGGCCCUCCUCCUCCACCUCCUCCUCCACCUGCCGCACCUCUCCUCUCAACCCGCCAGGCAGAAGGAAAGAUGGCUUUAAAUACAAUUUUAAAAAAAUACACAAAAAACACAAUAUUUAUUUAAAUCCAACUCCAGAAAGAAAAAGUUCUCCUCCUCCUGUUCCCUUCCCUUUUAGUCAAAUGUGUUUCUAAAAACUGGACGGCGGCAGCUGCGACUGCUAUAUAUCUAUCGGUAAUCAUGACGAUGCCUUCGUAUAGCCUAAUGUACCGUUUAUCUAUUCUAAUCUUGUGGCCAGUGUGGGGUUCAUUUUAACAUUUUUAACUCUUUUCCUCUAUCUCUUUCCCCCUGCGCUGUUUAUACACUUUGUCUUUAGUCUGUGGCACAUCUGUUGCGUUUUUUUGGCAACAUCUGGGCCUUAUAUUUAAGUCUUAGAUGUCAGUAUCGUCCCUGUUUUUGUUUUUUUAGGGGGUGGGGGACUCUCCUUUUUUUCCAACCCUAAUUUGACGUUAGCAUUUUUAAAAACAAGUCGGAUGAAGCUAACAGAUUGAUGCCAGUAGAGGAUGAGCAGCCGGAGAGCCUCCUCUUUUUUUUUUCUCCUUUCUUUUUUUGUGAAUCAAAAGAUCACGUUAAAAUGUGUGGGAAAAAUUGAAUUGAGCGGUAUGUGAAGGUAGGCUGUGAUGUUUCUGAGUGCAGUGUUUAUGCUGAAUUAUCCCCUGGGACUGACUUUGAUCCAAAGCAGCUUGAAAGCCUUAAAAAAAAUAAAACUUAAAAAAAAAAAGGAGGUGCGAUAGAAGGAUUCAACACAAACAUACAUGCGGAUGGCCACAUGGAUUCAUGCCGUUACGCAACAGAAAGCAAGACAGUCAGAGAAACGGUUCGUCAAAAGCAUCCCAGCCUCUGUGUUCAAAGACAAACCUGCAGACAGAUUUUCUCCUCGCUGUCGUCCCCGUUUCACUCCAGGAAGUUGGAUGUUUUGUCAGGAUGGAACCACAUCUAUUGCUGCUGAUUUAUUUCCACUUUACAGCCUUUUUAUUUCAGAUUUUCGCACUUCAACAUAUCAUUAACAGCAAAGCUUGACAAAACCCUUCCUGCUGUUUAUUCCACUUCUAUACGGGCUCUGAAACACACAAUAGAAUACGAAGCGCACAGUCUGAAGCCUCCGAGUGCAUGUGAAGUGUUUCAGAAUUGCUUUCUUGUUGUUUUCGUCUUGAGGAGCUGAAUUUUGUGCUUUUUUUGUGCUAAAAUACAAAACUUGAGCAGCUCUAACAUUUUCACAAUUUGAGUAACAACCUGGAAUUUGCACGAAAGCUCCACUUCGCUCAGUUCUGUUUGUGUUUUGGUUGAAUCUGGGCUCAUUAAUGGUGAAAAUUUUUUGUCGUUGAAGACGGAGGCUGGUGGAGAAAAUGUAGAGGAGGAAAACUAAAGAAUAGGUCAGUAACACACACUACAUGUACAUCCAGUGUAAGUCCCAUAACUGUGUCUGUGGUUCUGAAUGUGGUUCUUUUUAUGAUUUCUGUAUUAUUAUUGUUAUUAGUUUUUGUUUGUUUGUUUGAUUGUAAAUAUAUACGUUGAUCCGUUGUGCAAUGGAAGCGACUGAUUACGUUGCACUCUGAGCUUAACACACUACUAUUGUUGUAGAAGUUUUAUUUGUCGUUUUUAAAGGAAGGUUAUUUUUGCAAGUCUUCACCUGUUACAUAUUUAAUGAUUUGAUUAACUACUAACCUAAUAAGCCUCUGGACCACGUGUCCAAAAGAACCUUAAACACGCAUCACAAACACACACACACACACACACACACACACACACACACACACACCCAGCACCUUAUACAGUAGUGACAAACUCUGCAGACACCCAGGAAGAUGAGAUGAAGUCAGACUGAACCAAGCUCACAGACAGUUGAUGUCAUGUUAUUUAUUGUACACGCUGCAAAACAGGAUCUCCUAAACAAUUUGCUCUUUUAUGACUCUUACAAUCUUGCAAAAGUUCUGCUACGGAGUGAGAUUAUUUCAUUUUCCUGCUCAGACGCCGCUCCAGGGCAUUUAUUUUAUUUCUUUCCUUUCAGUACAACAAUCUACGAGUUUCAAGUUCUGCUCCGUGCAUUAAUUUUUCAAAGAGAGAGAAAAAACAAAAACGAGUAGGACAGAAUUAAAAAGGACACUUGUUUGAGGAGAUCUCUUUUUUUGCAGUGCAGUGACCAUGUUUUAUCCAUGACUGCAAAAGACAUUAAUCAUGUUAGUCAGUGAUCAAGAACGUGGCUGAAGCUCUUUUCAGAGUUUGUUUACACUCAAAUAAAGACAUGAUGAUGUACAAACCA